AUGGCAGCCUUCUCCAAGUCCAAGCUUCAAUCUAGAGUACUUGUUCUUGUUCUCAACUUGUCUUCCGUCUUCCUCUUCUGUAUCCUUCUAAAGCUUUAUCUCCACCCUCCUAACUCAAGUUCACAAGGCCAGUCCAAUGGCUCUCUUCCCCUCACAAUCUUAAACCAUGCAAGGUUGUCCAGAGAUGUUAGUGUUGAAGGCUGCUCUGAUAUACACAAGUAUCCAGAUUAUGGCUCCAAGUGCUUAUAUGUCAAAAGUAAUCUUGAGUGCAGGUCAAAAGGGUACAUCAACUAUCUUCAAAUCUUCUACUGCAACUUCGAAAAAUUCCCAAUUUUGGGACAAGCUCUCCUUGCCUUGUGGCUAGCGGUGUUGUUUUAUCUAUUGGGUGACACAGCUUCCAACUACUUCUGUAGUUCCUUGGAGGGUUUGUCCAACAUCUUGAGGCUCUCCCCCACCAUUGCUGGAGUGACCCUUCUUUCUCUGGGAAAUGGGGCUCCUGAUUUCUUUGCUAGUGUUGUGUCUUUCACAGGAUCAUCCAGCAAUGGUGCUGUUGGAUUCAACAGCAUCCUAGGAGGGUCUUUCUUUGUGUCAUGUGCUGUCUUGGGGAUCAUAAGCAUUCUGGUUAGCCCAAAUCAAGUUGAGGUUGAUAAGGCCAGUUUCAUCAGGGAUGUCCUUUUCUUCCUUUUCUCUCUUCUCAUCCUCCUCGUCAUCAUUUACAUUGGUAAAAUCACUUUGUUUGCUUCAAUCUGCUAUGUUUCUAUCUACUUCCUCUACGUCUGUGCUGUCUCAGCCACACAUCUCAUAUAUGGAGGGGACACAAUAAAUGAAAAGCAGCACUCAAUGUCAUACGAGUCACUAGAGUCUAGCAUACCUUUGUUGGGCUAUGUUGAUGAAGAAAAACAAAGUUUGGCAGAGAUAGUGGUGGUUGAAGAUAAGGAGCAAAAGGCAGCUAGUAUUUUUGGUCAGAAUUCAUUGUUUGAUUGCAUUUACUUGGGAAAGAUUCUACAAGUACUAGAACUACCUCUUUGCUUACCAAGAAAGCUUACCAUUCCAGUGGUGAGUGAGGAGAAGUGGUCAAAGCCAUAUGCAGUAAUAUCUGUCACAUUAGCACCAGUUUUACUAGCAGUUCUUUUCAAUACUCAAAGUGAAAACGUGGUUUCAAGGAACAGCCUAGUCACAUACAUGGUAGCUGCUUUGAUUGGGAUAGUUUUGGGUAACAUGGCAUGCGUGACAACUGAAAGGUGUAGCCCACCAACCAAGUCCUUGUUUCCUUGGCUGGCUGGUGGCUUUUCCAUGAGUGUUACAUGGACUUAUAUAAUUGCCGAGGAGCUAGUUUCUCUCUUGAUUUCAAUUGGGAGCAUCAUUGGGGUUAGCCCUUCAAUUCUAGGACUAACCGUCCUAGCUUGGGGCAACUCACUUGGUGACUUGAUAGCCAAUGGUGCCAUGGCCUUGAAUGGUGGGCCAGAUGGUGUCCAAAUGGCCAUAUCUGGUUGCUAUGCUGGUCCUAUGUUCAAUACCUUAAUGGGUUUGGGCUUGCCCCUUGUUCUCUCAGCUUGGUCUGAACAUCCAGACCCUUAUGUCACUCCUAAGGAUCCUUCACUUUAUGAGACCCUUUUGUUCUUGAUGGGAGGGCUUCUUUGGGCCCUUGUGAUCUUGCCGAAGAAGAGUAUGAAGUUGGAUAAAUCCUUCGGGGCAGGGCUAUUGAGUGUGUACCUCUGCUUUUUGGUUACAAGGAUUGCCAUGGCUAUUGGGGUGCUUAACUUCUAG